AUGGCAUAUCAACUACUUACUGCAGAUUUGAACAUCAAUAGCCCCACAUUCCAACCUCUAAUUGUAGGGAGACGUCAAGAAGGGCAGGUACUGCCCUUAAGCUUCUGGGAAGAAGGUCUGGUGAUGGUAAAUGCUUCCGUAAACAGCAAAAUAGAAGUCACCAGAUGCAGCUUCAUAAGCUGUGGUGAGACAUGGAACCCUGGGCCAAGACUUGUGAGCUAUGAGCCUCCAGCAGAAGCUUUGGUGUUGUCAUAUUCCAGAAACAGAACAGGCUGGGAGGUCAAUGCCACAGGUACUGCUAUGUAUCUAUUCUUCUCCUCCGAUUCCUCUUUGCUUGACUGCGACUGCAUGGGUGCUGGAGGCGACUCAGCUAAUCUAACCUGCAGAGCUUUCUUUGGGUACAGUGGAGAUGUCAGUCCUUUAAUUUACUGGAUGAAAGGAGAGAAGUUUAUUGAAGAUCUGGAUGAAAAUCGAGUUUGGGAAAGUGACAUUAGAAUUCUCAAGGAGCAUCUCGGGGAACAGGAAGUUUCCAUCUCAUUAAUUGUGGACUCUGUAGAAGAAGGUGACUUGGGAAAUUACUCCUGUUAUGUUGAAAAUGGAAAUGGACGUCGGCACGCCAGUGUUCUCCUUCACAAACGGGAGCUAAUGUACACAGUUGAACUUGCUGGAGGCCUUGGUGCUAUCCUUCUGCUUCUUGUUUGCUUGGUGACCAUCUACAAGUGUUACAAGAUAGAAAUUAUGCUCUUCUACAGGAAUCAUUUUGGGGCUGAGGAGCUGGAUGGAGACAAUAAAGAUUAUGAUGCAUACUUAUCAUACACCAAAGUGGACCCUGACCAGUGGAAUCAAGAGACUGGGGAAGAAGAACGCUUUGCUCUUGAAAUCCUACCUGACAUGCUUGAAAAACAUUAUGGAUAUAAGUUGUUCAUACCAGAUAGAGAUUUAAUCCCAACUGGAACAUACAUUGAAGAUGUGGCAAGGUGUGUAGAUCAAAGCAAGAGGCUGAUUAUUGUCAUGACCCCAAAUUAUGUAGUCAGAAGGGGCUGGAGCAUCUUUGAACUGGAGACCAGACUUCGAAACAUGCUCGUCACUGGAGAAAUUAAAGUGAUACUCAUUGAAUGCAGUGAACUCCGAGGCAUUAUGAACUACCAGGAGGUGGAAGCCCUCAAGCACACCAUCAAGCUCCUGACGGUUAUUAAAUGGCACGGACCAAAAUGCAACAAGUUGAACUCUAAGUUCUGGAAACGUUUACAGUAUGAAAUGCCUUUUAAGAGGAUAGAACCCAUUACGCACGAGCAGGCUUUAGAUGUUAGUGAGCAGGGGCCUUUUGGAGAGCUGCAGACUGUCUCGGCCAUCUCCAUGGCCGCGGCCACCUCCACAGCUCUAGCCACUGCCCAUCCAGACCUCCGUUCCACCUUUCACAACACGUACCAUUCACAAAUGCGUCAGAAACACUACUACCGAAGCUAUGAGUACGACGUACCUCCUACCGGCACCCUGCCUCUUACCUCCAUAGGAAAUCAGCAUACCUAUUGUAACAUCCCUAUGACACUCAUCAACGGGCAGCGGCCACAGACAAAAUCGAGCAGGGAGCAGAAUCCAGACGAGGCCCACACAAACAGUGCCAUCCUGCCGCUGUUGCCGAGGGAGACCAGUAUAUCCAGUGUGAUUUGGUGACAGAAAAGCAAGGGACAUCCCGUCCCUGGGAGCUUGAGCGGAGUGUGCAGCCCAGUGCCUGGAACAAAAUCCUCGACUGCUGCUGUUAAAAACAUGCAUUACAAUCUCUAGAACACGAGGAAAAACAGGGUCUUGUACAUAUGUUUUUGGCAAUUUCUUUGUAGCAUCAGUGUCUUCCUGUUUUACCAUGUCUCUUACCAUUACAUUUUUUGACUUUGUUUUAUAUGUCAUUGGAAUUUGUAAAUUUACAUUUUUUUAAAGAAGAGACUUAUGUAUAGAUAGAAAACCC